AAUCAGUAGAUGAGUAGGAUGAGCACAAGCACGUGGUUUAAUUCAAAUCCGUUCGGCAGUAUUCGAUUACGUUCGCAUUUCAGAUAUUGAUACUAAACAUAAGAUUUUCGACAAAUAUACUUAUCAUUAUUGCUUUACACUAACUUAUAUUAACUAUUAAUCGAUAAUCAUGACAGUGAUAACAGUUUUAAAAUAUAACGUCAAUUUAUUAUCAUUGUUAUCUCAUCGUUCGUAUAUGUUAAAUAAUUCACGAUUUUUAGCAUCGUUCGCGAAAUAUGCAGAACACAAACCGUUGGAAAAAAUUCGGAACAUCGGUAUAUCGGCUCACAUCGAUUCAGGAAAGACCACCUUGACUGAACGUAUAUUAUUUUAUACUGGAAGAAUAGAAAAAAUGCAUGAGGUCCGAGGAAGAGAUAAUGUUGGAGCAACAAUGGAUAGUAUGGAAUUAGAAAGACAGCGGGGUAUAACGAUACAAUCAGCUGCAACUUAUACUUUAUGGAAAGAUCAUAAUAUUAAUAUCAUUGAUACUCCUGGUCAUGUUGAUUUCACUGUGGAAGUGGAAAGAGCCUUGCGUGUUUUGGAUGGAGCAGUGCUUGUUUUAUGUGCUGUAGGUGGUGUUCAAUCACAGUCAAUAACUGUGGAUCGUCAGAUGAAGAGAUACAAUGUACCUUGUGUAGCGUUCAUUAAUAAAUUGGAUAGAUUAGGUGCAAAUCAUAAGAGAGUGCUCGAACAAUUAGCAGGCAAAUUACAUCAUAAUGCUGCAUUUUUGCAAUUGCCUAUUGGUUUAGAAAGUAAGAAUGAAGGAAUAGUAGAUUUGAUACAUCAAAAGGCUCUGUACUUUGAAGGGAUCUUUGGUGAAACUAUAAGAGAAGAUGAAGUUCCAUCAAACAUGAGAGCAGAAGUACAAGAAAGGAGGCAAAUGUUAAUUGAGCAAUUGAGUAAUGUUGACGAAAGUCUUGGAGAAAUGUAUUUAAAUGAACAGAAAAUAGUGGAGAAAGACAUAAAAGAUGCAAUCAGAAGAAGUUGUAUAAAAAGGUGCUUUACACCAGUACUAGUCGGAAGUGCUCUAAAAAAUAAAGGUGUCCAACCUCUACUAGACGCAGUCAUAAAUUACUUACCAAAUCCUGGAGAAGUUGAGAACUAUGCUCUUCAAGAGUCAGAGAGUUCAAAGGAAUCAAAAGGAAAAAUUACUAAAAUUCUUUUAACAUCUGAAAGAAAUAAUAGGAAUCCAUUUGUUGGAUUAGCAUUUAAGUUAGAAGCUGGCAAAUUUGGUCAGUUAACUUAUUUUCGAUGUUAUCAAGGAAAAUUGAGCAAAGGAGAGUCGUUAUAUAACACAAGAACGAGGAAGAAGGUUCGGGUGCAAAGAUUAGUGAGACUUCACUCGAAUCAAAUGGAAGAUGUAAACGAAGUUUAUGCCGGGGAUAUUUUCGCUCUAUUCGGAGUGGAUUGCGCAUCGGGUGAUACUUUCGUCAGCAAUUCUGAUCUACAAUUAUCAAUGGAAUCUAUUUAUGUGCCUGAACCUGUAGUGUCUAUGUCUAUCCACGUAAAAAACACAAAAGAUCGAGACAAUUUUGCAAAAGGUAUCGCUCGAUUCACGAAAGAGGAUCCAACUUUGAGACAUUAUUACGAUACAGAUAAUAAGGAAUCUCUGAUUUCUGGAAUGGGAGAGUUACAUUUGGAGAUUUACUCCCAAAGACUCGAACGCGAAUACAAUUGUCCCGUUAUUCUAGGGAAACCAAAAGUUUCGUUCCGCGAAACAUUACGUCAACCUUACGAAUUCGAUUUUCUUCAUAAAAAGCAAACUGGAGGAGCAGGCCAAUAUGCACGAAUAAUAGGUGUAAUAGAACCAUUACCGGCAGAAAAUAAUACCGAAAUCCAAUUCAAAGACGAGACGAUAGGAACGAAUAUUCCGAAACAGUUUGUUCCUGGCGUGGAAAGGGGUUUCAGAGCCAUGUGUGAAAAAGGAUUUCUUUCCGGUCAUAAACUAGCUGGCAUUAAAUUGCGAUUGUUGGAUGGCAUGCAUCAUUGCGUAGAUUCUUCGGAACUUGCAUUCUUUAACGCAGCUCAAGGCAUGAUGAAGGAAGCUUUACAAUUUGGGUCAUGGCACAUUUUAGAACCAGUUAUGCUGGUGGAAGUAACAGUACCCACAGAAUUUCAAGGUAUCGUUAUGACUCAAUUAACCAAACGGCAUGGUAUCAUGAGAGAUUCGGAUGCAAAUGAAGGAUGGGUAACUUUAAAAGCUGAAGUUCCGUUGAACGAUAUGUUUGGCUAUAUAGGUGAAUUGCGGUCUACCACUCAAGGAAAGGGAGAGUAUACCAUGGAAUACAUAAGAUACACACCUUGUCUACCAGAAAUAGAAGACCGAAUAAUUAGAGAAUAUCAAAUAGAAAAUAAUUUAAUUUCAGAACAGAAGAAAAAUUAGUGAAUUUACAAAUUCUGUAUUGUAUUAAUUUAAAGGAUAUUUCAAAUUUAUAUGUAUGACAUAUAAAAUGUACGUUGACGUAUAACGAGAUGAAUGAAACAGAUGUAAGAUAAUGUAUAAUAUAAGCAUAAUUAUAUAAUAUUAAAAACUAUU